UCACGUUCGCGUAACUUCUACGUGCGCGUUCACGGGUGAAUCCUGUGAUCCGUGCGCAUCAGCUGUCAAGCCGCACGCACGCAUACUACAGUAUUGUCUCCGAGCGGAGGUUUGUUUGGACAAACCGACUGAAUGUCGUAUUCCUCCGGGACCACCGGACAACUCAAAGUGUGGACACCGGGACACGACUCCGGAGGAGCCGGACUGAAGCGACGUGGUAACGGGGGGGAAGUAGUUUGACCCAUGUCCGCGAGGGUUUGAUGAGGUUUCCGGUUGUAACGUUAGUGAGACGCUAGUUCUGUAUCCAGCUCUAUUAGCUUAGCCGGCUAGCAUGCUAACAAGCUGAUGUAGCCGCGGCGCACUGGAGGAAAUGCCCCGGCCGCUCGUCUGGAGCUCUUUGAUUUGGUUAAAAUUAGUGUUUUUUUAAAGAAUUAUGACAUGUUGUUGGUGGAUGUGGUGAAGUGGUGGCAGCUUUAACGAGGAGUAGUGGCAGACGAGGCAGGAGGAGGAGGAGGAGGAGGCUGGGCUGCUCGGAUAGUUAUGAGCAGUGUCAACAUCACAACCGACACCUCCACGUUGAGCUCCUCUUUGGGCACCGACAGUCAGGGCUCACCGCUCGGCGUCAUCAACAACAACAACAAGGAGUGGGCUUUGGGAAGCGAUGGGUUCCCUUGCUGUCACGAGAUGAGUCCCAUGGACGAGACGGUGCAGGCGGGAAUGUCCUCGGUCCAGCCGGGACUGGACGGGCACCUGCCCUUUCUACACGCCGGGCACCGCAGCCCACAGGGCGGCUUGCUUCUGGACCUGACUUCCCCCGGAGCCUACAUCGGCAGCGGGCCCCUGGAGUACAGCAACGGCGUCGGGAGCAAUGUCGGCCCGCUGUUCGAGAGAAGGAAGAGGUCUAGGUCCAACAGCUCCAGGCACCGCUUCAACGAGGUGGUGACGGAGCUCGGUCCCGAGGAGGUCCGGUGGUUUUACAAAGAGGACAAGAAAACUUGGAAGCCCUUCGUCGGGCAUGACUCGCUCAACAUCGAGCUCAUGUUUCGGAAAUACUGCGAGCUGAUCCCCAGUGUGGCGGACUCCCGGGGCAGCGGCGGCGGGGAGAAGGAGGAGGAGUGCGGUGGUGGUGACCGUGCGGAGGGCAAAGGGCUGAACGGUGCGGUGCCGGUGGAGACCAGGGCCAGCAGCGUGCACGGAGGCCGGGGGUCCGUGGACACGUCCACUGUGUCCUCAGAGGAGAGGGACCCCGACUGCAUUGAGAUCAACGUAGAGCCUGUGUGUGUCCGGGGAGGGCUCUACGAGGUGGACAUUAAAGAGAGGGAGUGCUACCCUGUUUACUGGAAGCAACAAGAUCACAUUUCAGUGAUGAGAGGGCAGUGGUUUAUUGACGGUACCUGGCUCCCAUUGGAGGAGGAGGAGAGUGACCUCAUCGAGCAGGAGCACCUGAACCAUUUCCGUGGGCAACAGAUGCAGGACACGUUCGAGUCCGACUUGGUGGUGAAGACCGUCGAUAGCAAAGAUGUUCUCUCCCACCUGCCCCCUUUCUACCUCCCUUUUCUGUUCAAAUGGAGUGGAUAUCAGACGAGUGCUAAAACUACAUGUCACAAGCGCAAACGCUGUCAAGCCAUCCGCAGUCUGAAGCUGAGUCGGACCCACGUGGAUUGGCACAGCGUGGAUGAGGUCUACCUCUACAGCGACGCCACCACUUCCAAAAUUGCUCGCACCGUCACUCAGAAACUGGGUUUCUCCAAAGCCUCAAGCAGUGGUACACGGCUCCACCGCGGCUUUGUCGAGGAGGCCUCACCUGAGGACAGACCCCCUCAGACUACACACAUCGUCUUUGUGGUCCAUGGGAUUGGACAGAAGAUGGACCAGGGACGCAUUAUUAAAAACACUGGAAUGCUGAGGGAGGGUGUGAGGAAGAUGGAGGAGAAGCACUUUUCAGAAAUCAGUGAGGAGCAUGUGGAGUUCCUGCCGGUCGAGUGGCGCUCCAAACUCGCACUGGAUGGAGACACAGUAGACUCAAUCACACCAGACAAAGUGAGAGGACUGAGAGAUCUCCUCAACAGCAGUGCGAUGGACAUCAUGUACUACAACAGCCCCCUUUACAGGGAUGAGAUUACCAAGGGCCUAACGCAGGAGCUUAACAGACUUUACACACUCUUCUGCUCCCGGAAUCCUGAGUUUGAGGAGAAGGGAGGGAAAGUGUCCAUAGUGUCUCACUCCCUCGGCUGCGUCAUCACCUAUGACAUCAUGACAGGGUGGGAUCCCGUGCGCUUCUGCCUACAAGAGGAUCACGCUGUUGAAGAGGAGCUGGACCUGCGCUGGGUGUCGUACCAAGAGAGGCACCUUUUAGACCAGCUGCAGCUCACAAGGACUAGGUUGCGAGAGCUUGAAAAUCAGCUUGUUACACUGGAGGCCUCUAAACCCUCUGCACCUCCAGCCCUCAAAUUUAAGGUGGAGAACUUUUUCUGCAUGGGUUCUCCUCUGGCUGUGUUCUUGGCCCUGAGAGGCAUCCGCCCUGGUACCAGCUGCCAUCAGGACCACAUCCUGCCCACUCCCAUCUGCAGCAGGCUCUUCAAUGUCUUCCAUCCGACAGACCCUGUGGCCUACAGACUGGAGCCCCUCGUCCUCAAACAUUACAGCAAUAUUGCACCUGUUCAGAUACACUGGUGUAGUGCCACAAACCCCACACACUACGAUGAGAUCCGACCAACCUUCCUCAACCCGGUCAAAGACCCAACAUCUGACACCGAGAGCAUUCCCAGCCCGAGCACCUCCCCUGUUCUUCCCCGCCGGCACUAUGGAGAAUCCAUCACUAAUCUGGGCAAGGCCAGUAUACUGGGAGCGGCGAGCAUAGGGAAAGGUAUCGGAGGAAUCCUCUUCUCUCGCUUCUCGCGCUCCAACAGCCAGCCUUCAGUGUCUUUAGGACUGGAGGGAGGGACAAACACUGAGGAGGAGGAGCAGAAGCGUGCAGAGAGUCAGUCAGCAUACGGCCUCUCCACCAUGAUUCGGCCCACCUCCCCCACCGUUGACACAUCAUUGGAGCUGGAGCGGCGCAUCGACUUUGAGCUCAGAGAAGGCCUGGUGGAGAGUCGCUAUUGGUCAGCAGUCACCUCACACACAGGCUACUGGUGCUCACAUGACAUCGCACUCUUCCUGUUGACUUUCAUAUACAAGCAGAAGACGACCUCUGACUUAGCAGAAGAGGCUCCAGAGCCAGACUGAGUCUGCACAUUACACAACUCACACUUGAAUAGUGUCUGACAACUCUAAAAGGGUUGGCGAGACACAAAAAUAGACUUCAUCCAUUUAUUUUUAUGCGCACAAACUGAUUAAAUACACUUAUCUCUUUCCUUUCUCUCCCUGUGAUCCAGCUUUUUUUAACACUUGGAAAUCAAGACUGACUAAUUUACGUAAUUCCAAGAUGUGCAUUUAAUUUUGAUUAGCUUUUACACAAUUGUGCACCCUAAGGGUGACAGUGUUGGACCAGGAACCCCUAAGGAGGUGCCCCCUUUACCAGUAUGAGCAGAAGCUUGCUUAUAAACAUGAAAUAAGAGCUGAAUGAGUUUGAUGCACCCAGUGGAAAAGACUUAACUUCGUCCCCAACAACAGCUGCAGCCUGUUGGUGAAGUGUCCACAAGUUUACUGUUGAUUAAUGCUUCUGUUCAGCCUCCUUUCCAGUGACUCAGUCUGGAGCCUUGUGACACACAUGCCUGACCCUCAGUCACUGAGGCUUUCAGAUUUAAGUUUUCUUUGACAUUGAGGAGAAAGAAAUACAGCUGUCAAAAAUAGUUAUAUCUUUAAAACAUUUCUAACCUUUAACAUCUUUAGCUCUACUUUAUCUCUGAUGCUAACAAGCAAAUUAUAUGCCUUUCAAAAUUAGCCAAACAAUGUACACAUGAAGAAUGUGUUGUCUGUUAUACGUAUGUAUAAGUAUCUCUGUUGAGAUAUCUUUUCUUUUUUUUUAACAGAACCUGAGGGCAUUAUCCCUUUAAAAAUGUUUGGGAAGCAUGAAGAGAAACCUAACAAACUUAUUAGUUUGUUUUUCCUAUUCUAUGCCAUAAUCACCUCUUUUUUAACAUUCAUUCCUCAAUCACUAAAUUAAACAUGAGCAAACCACCACUUUUAUACCACACACACACCUUAUCAUUUAAUGUUGAGGUUCCACUAACUAAACAGUUUUGGGGAUAAAUUGUAAUCACAAAAGUUACAUCUUAUCAUGACAUUAUUUUCCAUAAAUGUUUACAACCACAUUAGGCUUGUAUCAUGAUGCGUUAUCUACAUUUUCGACAAAGCAUUGAGCAUGUGUAUUUAUUUUCUUACACACAGUUUAUGAAUCCAGAUCGUAGUCUAUAACUCUCUCAAUGUCUUUUGCCGAACUCUAAACAAUCUUACUCAUUCAAACUUGCAUGAUUCUAUAUUACUGAUGUGGUACGGAGAUCAUUUUCCAUGCUCAUGUCUUUGUACCAAUAUCCAGAUGAAAUCCCUGGUACUAGAUGCAUUUUUUUCUUAAAAAACAAAUAUAUACAUAUAUUUUUCCUAGCGAUCUUCAGGCUCUUGUGGGCAUGAACGUGAUUCUCAUCUCGGGAAAAUGGGACUCAAACCUGUGGCCAAAAAACAUGUGUAGCUUGUUAAGCUCUGCUUUAGUGGUGGAAAGGCUGAUUUAUACUAAUUUGAAAGUAGCUUCUUUUUAUUUUGUGGCCAGUGCACACAAAGUUUAAGUUUUAAGUUUGUUUCUUGUUUGCCUUUUUUGUAAAUUGGUGACUAAUUCACACUUAACCCUUUUGAGAUAAUGAAUAUGUUGCAGCCUGUCUUUUUAAUUGUUUAAAAGAUAGGCUCCUUCGUGUGUUUUCCUAAAAGAGAAAAUAAUAUGGACAAUUAGCAAAAGCAAAUCAUGACUAUUGUUCUCUAAAAACAAAAGUUGCUGGUUAUCAUGACUUCUUUAGUUUUUUUUUUAGUUGUUUUUUUUUAAAUGGUCCUUUAACAACACAACCAGUAGCAAAUAUGCCGAAAUAAGAGCUCACUCACUUUACAUGGUGUCAAAUAAGUGGUAAAUGGAUGCUGGAAAAAAAAAGACAUAGCAGACAGUGCCAACACACCUCUAAUAACUGUGUUGGUGUCUUUAUUUAGUAGAAAAUCUCUUAUGAUUGUUAAUCGAUGUCUAAUUAAAUAAUUUGUUACACAACCGCAGGGGAUAAAGAAAUGGAACGACCCUCAGAUACACAUGUAACAGAUCACAUUGCCGUCUGUGUCAAAUUUUCCUUGUUAUAAUAUCAUAGUAAUCAAAAGAGCUUAUUUUAAUUAGCUACAGUGCGAGCUACUGCUUUUACAUCAACACCAUCAUGGGCUGUUUGGAAUCAAUGUGUUGGUGUUGUGUGUCUGUUACGUCCGCAAAAGCCUAAUGACUGAAACCUGGCUGCCUUGUUGACCAGAUAGUAUAGCAUGGACAAAAUAGAAGGGAGUAUGAUAUGGAAGAGUUUCUACAUUUGACCUGGUGGAUCUUGCACAUUCAUCAGCUAUGAGUUGCACAGAAAUGAUGUAGAAGAACAGCUUGUUAAUUAAUAUUUUUAUUAAUUCAUAAUUGCAUGUGUUACAUUGCAGCAAUAGAAAUGUGAAGAUGUUUCUUGGACAGCAGGAAUGCUCUUUACUUUGGAAACCUUGGACGUGCAAUGAAAAAUGCAUAGAACACUUCCAUUGUUGCCUCUGCACCUGAAAAUCACACUUGCAAAUACAUAUUGUAGGAGUGUGUACAGGCCCUCGUAACAAUAACAACAAUAUUGUGAUUCGGCCCGUGAGUUUCCACGGUGUAUCUGAAAUUUGCACAUUUUCCAUCAGAGCGAUUCUUGAUUCACUCACAGAUUUUAAACUGUGCUCACUCUGCAUGUGAAAUGAAUAAAUAAGCAACUCAACUGGAGAGAAUGAAAGAUAAUUGUGUCAAUGUACAUUGUACUUUUGACUACAUGAGCAUUUUAGCACAACAUUUUGAAUGAUGACAGUAUAUUAUAUUUUUUUUGUCAGAGGUACAAGCAUCAGGGAAAUGUCUACUGUGUUUUUUGUAGAUUUAACUAAAGUGUUGAUUCCAGUUCGAAGCCAUUAUUCAGUCAAAUGAUCAAGUGCUGUCAUGGGUGUGUUGUCAGUCUUUAAAAUAUUCAAAAGCUAAUAAAAGAAGGGCCUGCAGCCAUAUGUCAUCACACACUGGGUGAGAAAGAGAAAUGCACAUUGAAACUUACUGUGUUUUUGAAUGAAAUUUGUGUCAGUUACCACUGUUAACUUUGAAUGGGUGUCUGGAAAAGUUUUUUUUUUUGUCUGUCCCUAGAGCUGUGCAAUAACCCAUGCCUGUAAUGGAUUCUAACUGCCAUCCAAAGCAUUGUAUUUAUUUCCUUUUAUUAAAGUAUUUCUUUCCUUUUUUGGA